AUGGCAGAGCAAGGCCUUUUCUCGUCCGACCUCAUCUCCCCGGCCGUCGCCGCCGCCCUCCCCGAAGGCUACACUGCCCGGUCUCUGCGACUGGCCGAUUACGAUGCCGGUUUCCUCGACUGCCUCCGUGUCCUGACUACUGUUGGGGAGAUCAGCAAGGAGCAAUUCGCCGAGAGAUACAAGUGGAUGACUUCGCAAGAUACCUACUACGUCAUAGUCAUUGAGGACUCGAGCAGCGGGAAGAUUGUAGGGACUGGCAACCUCCUUGUAGAGAGGAAAUUCAUCCACAGCCUUGGCCUUGUAGGUCACAUCGAAGAUAUCGCCGUAGCCAAGGACCAGCAAGGAAAGAAGCUCGGUCUUCGCCUAAUCCAGGCUCUCGACUUCAUCGCCGAAAAGGUCGGCUGCUACAAGACCAUCCUCGACUGCAGCGAAGCGAACGAGGGGUUCUAUGUCAAGUGCGGCUUCCGAAGAGCCGGCUUGGAGAUGGCGCAUUACUACGAGGGCGACAAGAAAGACAUUCGAAACUUUCUGAUCCGAUACCACAUUGCCCUGCUUCAACAAGAGGUUCGUGAGAAGAGUAACUGGUUCGCCACACCCCGCGUCCUAGUCCGCAAUCGCUGGGGUAAAGUCUACUUCACGCACCUGGGCUGGCGUCCAACCUACGCGCGGCAGAGUGGCUUUGUCAGUGUCGACGACGACCAAGCCUCGGAGAACGGCUUCACCUUAUUUCUCGGCGACGACCAAGUAUUGGGGAGAGAUCUCCUAGAUUACGACGACCAAGUCUUGGAGAGCGACUUCACCAUAAUUGUCGACGACGACCAAGUAUCGCAGAACGGCUUCGCCUUGUUUCUCGACGACGACCAAGCAUCGGAGACACCCCUGCGCCCUUCCCACGGGCACAGCUUCCGCCGCCGCAAGAGCAACACCUACCAAGGCACCAAUCAUCCGGCGCCAACGCCAAUCACGAAGAACAUGGCGCCGCACAAACUGACCGACGAGGUCGCCCCGCGCACCUGGCUCAUGGGCACCGAUGCCUUCGAGCGCCGCAUGCCGCACCACGACGGGAUCCGCGCCCUCUGGGACACGAAGUGGAAGUUUCCCUGCACCAAAGCCGUAUACCCCUUCCACGACGGCGCCUACGAAGACUUCGAGCCCAUCUUCGCCGGCCUGGUCGCGCGGUCCGUCAACGACGGCACCAGCGCCGAAUAUACACAGGCUUUCUUCUACACAGCGCAAACCCUCGAAGAACAAGGCGACGCGGCCGCGGCGUCCGGCGACAAGACGAAAGCCAGCGCGUUGUAUCUGAGAGCGGCGUGCGUGCUGCGCAUCGCGCGGUUUCCGUACAUCACUGCUUUUCCGGAGGUUAAUGAUGCGGUGAAAUGGGAGGCGUGGCAAAGGCAGAAGAGCGUGUAUAUGAAAGCUGCGCGGUCGUGGAACGCGCCUGUGACCGAGGUCCGCAUCCGGCACCGGUUCGCCACCGGGCGUGAACGCACUGAUAUCCCCGUCUACGUGCGCGUCCCCCCGAACCUCGCGCCCGAGUCACCGCAGCAAAAGUAUCCCACGGUGCUACUACUGACGGGCCUCGACGGCUACAGGCCGGACAACACGGUCCGCACGGACGAGUUCGUCGCGCGCGGCUGGGCCGCCGUCGUGGCCGAGAUCCCGGGCACGGCCGACUGUCCCGCGGACCCGGCCGACCCGGCCAGUCCCGAUCGUCUGUGGGACAGCAUCUUCGCCUGGAUGGCGGGCGACGGACGCUUCGACAUGGACCGCGUGAUCUGCUGGGGACUGAGCUCGGGCGGGUACUACGCGGUGCGCAUCGCGCACACGCACCGCGACAAACUGGUGGGGAGUGUCGCGCAGGGCGCGGGCGUGCACCAUUUCUAUGAUAGGGAGUGGCUGCAGCGCGCGGACGGGCAUGAGUAUCCGUUCGAGCUGACGCCGGCGAUGGCGAUGAAGCAUGGAUUUAAGAGCGCGGAGGAGUAUGUUGAUGGGGCGCAGGCGAAGUUUUCGUUGUUGGAGCUGGGGGUGCUGGAGAGGCCUUGUGCGCGGUUGCUUUUGGUUAAUGGAACGCUUGAUGGACUCAUGCCCAUCGAGGACUCGAUGAUGCUGUUUGAGCAUGGCUCGCCCAAGGAGGCGAGGUUCUUCCCUGGUGCUCUGCAUAUGGGUUACCCGUUGGCGAAUGCGUCGGUCUAUCCGUGGAUGGAGGAGGUUAUGGCUUCGGUAAGAUAA